AUGGACAACCACAGCGGCGCCAUCAAAAUUGCCAGCUGGUUCCUCCUGCUCACCUCCAUCUCCGUAGUCACCGUCUGCUCCCUCACCCGCUGGCGUCUCUUCCGAGAAAACCUCCUCCCUUUCGCCCUCCUCCUCAGCACCCUCAUAUCCUCAAUAAUCUCCGGCGCCUGCAUCUCCCUCUCGGCCACCCACGGCCUCGGCACCUCCCUAUCCCCCAGUACCUCCCUCCCAGGAAUCCAAAAAGCCCUCUACAUCUCCGACCUGUUCUACAUCCUCACCCUCGGGUUCGGCAAACUCGCCGUCGUCGCCUUCUUCCAUAUGCUCCUCUCCGGCACCGGCCAGAUCCAGAUAACCAUCCUCGUUCAGGGCUUUCUGAUCCUCUGGACCGCGAGCAUGUUCAUCGCUGCGUCGCUGCAAUGCAGACCCCCUGAAGUGUGGGAUUUGGUUUCAGGGAGGUGUAUACAUACCAGAAGUUUAUGGACCUACUCAUCAACAAGUAACAUCCUCAUCGAAACCCUCCUAAUCCUCGUCCCGAGUAUCAUCAUCUUCCGGCUACAUAUGCCUCUCCGGAAACGGGUGCUCGUGGUGGCGUGUUUUUCUUUUCGCGCAUUGGACAUCCUCGUCUCAUCCAUUCAACUCCACUACCUACAUGCAUUCGACUCCCAAACCCCAGUACCCGUCGAUCUCUGGCCGUGGGUGAUAUGCAGUCAGGUAUUGCAGACCACGACGAUUGUGUCCGCGUGUGUGCCGUAUCUGAGGGAGUUUUUGGAGGCGUUUCCGAGUGGGAUGUUGAGGCCGGCGGGGGAAGCUGGGAGUGGUGGGACGGGAGGGAAUGGGGGGAGUGCAAGUGGGGAGGGGGUGAAGGGAGGCCGGUAUCAGGUGUAUUUUUUGAGGCAGGGGCGGGAUGUGGAGUUGGAGGGGUGGGAGGGGAGGGGGGGGAUGAGUUUAUUCUCUAGAGAUUGA